CUUUUUUUGAGCCUCCGCGUUCCGGCUGGCCCUUCUGCGUGCGACACGCUGCUUUUACUCUCUCUCUCUCUCUUUUCCUCUUGUGAAACGUUCAAUAGAAGCACUCUUUUCUCCUCCAUGUCUUCAGCACUAAGCGAUUUUAACGCGGCCUCGCCACUAAGUACGCCCAUUCCACCGAGCGUUUUCCCCUUUUUGGCGCUCAUCUUUCUGUCCGCAGGACUCUUGCAUGGCGGGAUCUUUGUCGUACAAGGCAAAAACACGUCUCUCUUCAUACAAUUUCAAACGUCUGUUCUGGCAUCCAUAUUUCUUGGUUUUGGUGCUGUUUUUACGUCAGUCUCAGUCGGCGUCUAUGUCUAACAGGGACAAUAAAAGAAGAGAAUGUUGUUCUUUCUAUAUCGCAUAUUCAAGCAGGAAAGAAAAAAAGGGGGGGGGUUGGUUGAGGAAUUGGAGAAAGAGAGAGAGAGAGAGAGAGAAAGAGGGGCGUGUUUAGAGAUGGCACCAUCAAGUCAGACG